AAAAAUCAGCACAGUCUUUCCUUUUCUACCAUUUUUUGAUUGAUUUACUUGUAACAUCCUACUGUUCUGUUUCCCAGAUUUGACUUUACCUGAACUAAAGAUCCACAACAUUUCAAGAUGGAUAAGUUUCGUAUGAUGUUCCAGUUCCUCCAGUCCAACCAGGAGUCUUUUAUGAAUGGGAUCUGUGGUAUCAUGGCACUGGCUAGUGCCCAGAUGUACUCUGCCUUUGAGUUCAACUGCCCCUGUAUGCCAGAGUACAACUACACCUACGGGAUCGGACUGCUUAUUAUUCCUCCUAUUUGGUUCUUUCUGUUAGGUUUUGUAUUGAACAACAACGUGUCGGUGCUUGCUGAGGAGUGGAGAAGACCCACAGGGAGACGAACGAAGGAUCCAACAAUCCUGCGCUACAUGUUUUGUUCAAUCACACAGAGAUCCUUGAUAGCACCUGCAGUGUGGGUGUCUGUCACACUCAUGGAUGGGAAGAGCUUCCUGUGUGCCUUCAGCGUCAACUUGGAUAUUGACAGGUUUGGGAAUGCCAGUCUUGUUCAGGGGAUGUCCGAGUCAGAGAGGAUAAAACUGCUGGCGAGGAUUCCAUGCAAGGACCUGUUUCAGCACCAGGAAAUAAGAGCGGCAGCAUCACGAUACAUCAAGUGCAUAUCACAGGCAUGUGGUUGGAUGUUUUUGCUCAUGAUGACCUUCACCGCCUUUCUGAUCCGAGCCAUUCGACCAUGCUUCACCCAGGCUGCCUUCCUCAAAACCAAGUACUGGUCUCAUUACAUCGACAUCGAGCGCAAGAUGUUUGAUGAGACCUGCAAGGAGCAUGCUAAGAGCUUUGCCAAAGUUUGCAUCCACCAGUACUUCGAGAACAUCAGUGGAGAGAUGCGAAGCUUCCAUUUCCGCCGCUCCAGCAGGGACGGGAGCGACGAUGACAGCGAAGACAAGAAAAGCGAUGAAGAAAAGCUCCUCGGUAUCAGGGCCCAGGACGAUAUGAACAAAGUUUUGUGGAACUGGCACACCUGUAAGCCGGCUCUGGCCCUGAGAAAGGACGAAAUAGAUGGUGAAAACAAUGGCAGGCUGAAUGGAAACAUCAACGGAGCAGUUAAUGGGUUUGCAAAGGGACACACCCAUGAAGUGGAGAAAAAGGAAUGGGCUGUGUAUUAUAGUAAGGUCUGACGAGUUCAAAGAGAAAAACAAAAAGCUCAGCUAUCAGGCAAUCACUGGGUUUAAGAGUUAAAGGAAUUGCUUUGUUCCAGAAACUAUUAUGUUAGAAUCUGUAACAGUUAUUUGAUUAAGUUAAAUCUAAACUUUCAUUUCAACAUGCAAAACAUUUCAUGAAUGCAUGUGAAGAGUGCAAUAUGUAGUUUUCACUGAUGAUAUCUUACCCCAGCUCAUAGCUACAGGUACUAAUAUUUUAACAUAAUCCCCGUGAAGUAGUAAAAAAAAAAAAACAGACUGUCAACAUAUUUCUGGUUCAAAUACAGUUCAGUGAACUCAGCAGAUGUCUGGUACUGGGUGUAGU